CCCCUUUCUCUUAUUGCCGUGACAAACAAUGAUGGCGUCGCUCGGGGAAGAUGCGGGUUCCCCCAAGUCUGCUCCUCCUGGGGACGAGGAAGAGAGAAAACCCAUGGCAGUGUCCUUCGGUUUUACUAAAACAGUUAACAAAUUCAAACCUUCGACUGGCGACUUUAGAAAAGAUGACAGAGAUUAUUUGACCGGAAUUGAUGGCAGGGAACUGCAAAGUACAAAACCCUCCGAGAAGCCCAAAGAGCUCAUCAUCCCUCUGAUCCAGAAGAACCGGUGGCACCGACUGGACCAAGCGGUCCAGGCCGAGACCAGUGCCGUCAAAACACCAAAAAACACCGAAGACAAUGACUCUGUGGAAUCCCAGGCUGUCAAGGAGCUCAUUGAAGACUCACGGAGGCAGCUCGAGGAGUGGCAAAACGGCUCCCAGUCAGAUAUCAACCCGAACCUCGCCAUCCCCCUGUUGAUGCAAAACAAGGUGCCCGACGGCUUUGAGGAUGGUGACCGCGUAAAGGUGGAUCUACGACCUGAAUCUUCGACAGAGGCCGACUAUGAGAGCAUUCCCGUUGAGGCUUACGGACUCGCUAUGAUUAAAGGGAUGGGCUGGAAUAAAGAGGAAGGCAUUGGACGCACCUUUAAACAACACGUGACGCCGAUCGAACACGAGCUCCGUCCAAAGGGUUUGGGUCUCGGAGCCGAUCGUUCAGCGGUAAAGGACCUGGAGCCCACCAGACACAAGCGUCCGCCCAAGCCCGGCGAGGAGAGAGCGAAGGAGGAGGAGCUUGUGAUGGGUCCAGGAGGGUGCAUUCUGGUGGAGUCGGGGGCACAUAAAGACAUGUAUGGCAAGAUCGAAGGUGUUGAUGCCGACAACGCCCGAGUUGUGGUGAAGCUGGCCAUUGGCGGGCGGUCUGCGACAAUCAGCCAGUAUGCUAUCAAACUGGUGGGGCGCAAGGAGUACGACAAGAACGGCAAAGACCUCACUCGCCUCAGUCGAGCCCACAAGGAGAAGGAGAAGGAGAGGGAGCGACUGGAGGAGAAAGUGAAGCAAAGUAAUGGUGACGAGGUGAAAGACAAGUCUUCAGAAAGAGAGAGGAAGAGGAAACACCAAGAAUCAAGUCAAGACAGAGAGAAUCCUCCGGUGAAAGAGGCUCGGCGGAAAGCGUCUCCGCCCUCCUGGCUGCAGAGGGACUUGAAAGUUCGCUUUAUAGACAAAGCUUUCAAAGGGGGCAAAUACUACAACUCAAAGAUGCGCGUGGAGGACGUCCUGUCAGCGACUAUGUGUGUGUGUCGAACUGAGGAGGGGAGACUGUUAGACGAUGUGAAACAGAACAUGCUGGAAACCAUUAUUCCUAAAAGUGAAGAUGAUGCCAUCAUGGUGGUACUGGGCGAGCACAGAGGACAGGUCGGCCGUAUUCUCCAACGGGACAAGAACAAGUGCAGAGCGAUGGUGCAGCUCGACCGCAACGAGGAGAAGCUCUUCACUCUGGAUUAUGACACCAUUUGUCACUAUGUGGGAGCAACAGACCGCUGAUUCAAAUCUUCCACCCCUUCCAAAAUGUUGUUUUUGUGAUAUUCAAUAAGAAUAAGGAUUUUAAAGCAUUGAUAUUUUGUAAUAAAACAUUAAAAAUUGCAUUUGUUAGACAUAUUAUUACAAGAUCAGCCACCAACCCAUAAAGACAAGUUGCACCGAGUCAAGUGUUUUUAAAUUUAUUAGCAAGUCCACUAAUGGCUUUAGUAACAACAACAAAGUCAAUCAUCAGGUCAUAUAAAAAAGUAUUUACAGCGUUUCUAUGUGUUAAAGGUGAGAAAUCGAGCUUUAACACAUAAACACAAACGUUUCAGAAUGAAAACAGAACUUGAGAUCUCAGUCUAACUCUCUCUUUAGUCGUGUCCUCCGAAGCUCGACUUACUCCUUGGGUAUUUGGUUAGCCGCGUUAGCCCGAAGCACGGCCCCCGGACUGGGGUAGGGCCGCUGCUGGAACAGGGGCCCCGCCGCUGUGGUGUCUGCACCCGUCUUUGCUUCGUUGCGCUUGGGCAGACCAGUGGACCACGUGCCCCUGUAAACGCAAUGACGUUUGCUUUAAUAAAUAGUUGGUUUCUGUACACCUUGCUCAUGCAGUUUUAAAAGGAACACUCUACCAAUUGCAUUGUGGGGUUUUGGUGAUUGAAUAUUUCUCUGCAGUGCUCCUUUUUGUCAUCACAACUGUUGCUACUGUACCUUGGAGCAUCAGAAUAAGCACUUGGAUCCAUGGGGUCCAUCUCGUCAUCUUUUCUCCCUGAAAGGAAAAUAAAUAUGUAUCACCCAUUCUUGUAAAAGAGCACCGUGGAUUUGUGAAUGCUUGUGUCGUUUGAUGCAGAUAUGUAACUCAUUACCUCUUUUGUUCUUACUGUACGGCGCUGGGUCCUCUCUCCUUGGCUUUCUUCUCUCUCGCUCCCUCCCCUCGUCCCUCUCUCGCUCUCUCUCCCGUUCCCGCUCCCUUUCCCGUUCUUUCUCUCUCUCCCGCUCCCGCUCUCUCUCUAGCUUCUCAAACGGCCUCUCGAUUCUUUCGUCUCCUCCUUCGGCUGAACCAUGAAAAGAAAAUAAAGGCAUUGGUCACAGGAUGAAACCAAA